CCCCGAGCGGCCGUGAUGGCGUCGGGCGCCCCAGGAGUCGCUUCCUGUUGUCCGUGGCCGGGAGGCCGCAGCUUACCGUCGGAGGCUUAGGGGCUGCGGCGCGCGGCAGUGCCCCCACUCCCUCCCCGCUCCCUUUGGAAGUGAAAUUGGACGUAUAUAGAAGGCGAGCAACCAGAACAAUUCCUUCUUGUGUGUUGGAACAUUUAAGAAAGGACAUCUGUGAAACCUGGGGACCAUGGAAAGGACCUGGCCUCAGCUGGUUGGCACUGCAGACUUGAUGGGUCAUCAAGAAGAAGCUAGUGGGCUCCGUGAAGGCGCUGCAGAAGCAGUACGUGUCCUUGGACACGGUGGUCACGAGCGAAGACGGAGAUGCCAACAGCACGUGCAGCGCCCUGGAGGCCGUCUUCCUCCACGGCCUGCACGCCAAGCACAUCCGAGCCGAGGCCGGAGGGAAAGGAAGAAAAGCGCCCACCAGAAGCCUCUGCCUCAGCCUGUCUUCUGGCCCCUCCUGAAAGCCAUCACCCGCAAACACAUCAUCUCGGAAUUGGAGCACCUGAUCUUCGUGAGCACGGAUGUGGGCCGCUGCCGGGCCUGGCUGCGGCUGGCCCUCAACGACGGCCUGAUGGAGUGCUACCUGAAGCUGCUGUUGCAGGAGCAGGCCCGCCUGUGCGAGUACUACCAGCCCACGGCCCUGCUCCGUGACGCCGAGGAGAGCGAGUUCCUCCUGAGCUUCCUGCAGGGCCUGACAUCCCUGUCCUUCGAGCUCUCCUACAAGUCUGCCAUCCUAAAUGAGUGGACCCUGACCCCGCUGGCCCUCUCUGGGCUCUGCCCGCUCUUGGAGCUCGAUGUCCUCACUACCUCUGGCACAGGACUACAGCGGAAGGGGUCUCUGGAUUCCAUCUCCCAUUCCUCAGGCUCGGAGGACAUCGAGGUGCAGCACUCGGGCCAUAAGAUCCGGCGGAACAGGCAGCUCACGGCCUCCUCCCUCAGCCUGGACACGGCCCGUUCAUCCCAGCUCUCCUGCAGCCUCAACUCUGACAGCUGCCUCCUCCAAGAGAAUGGCUCCAAGAGUCCAGACCGUUCCGAGGAGCCCAUGUCCUGCGACUCAGACCUGGGGACAGCAAAUGCCGAAGAUUCGGACCUGUCUCUGCAAGAGGUGUUGUCGGAAUUCAGCAAAGCCCAGGUGAACUCUGUGCCCACCGAGGGACUGAGCCCAGAAACGGAGGUUCCCGUGCUGCAGGCCUCACUCACCCUCCACGGCCUGGACACCAGCACACCCCCGCCCUUUGAGGUACCUGCGGAGCCCCACCCUGCCCAAGCAUCCCCUGGGACCCGAGAUGGGGCCCACACGGGGGAGCCUCUUUCCCAGGCACCUGGCCCUGGGGGCUGGCUGAAGCUGGGCAUGGCCCAGGCUGUCCUUUCGGGGAGCACUUCAGGCCAGCAGCCUCCUAGUCCUGUGAGAGAGGCAACCAGAGCAGUUGGCCAAGGAAGUGGCCAGCGGAAGCCCCUGGAGGAUGACAAACCUCGGCUGAGCCUUGUGGUUCCCUCACCCACCAGUCCGAUAAACACAAACUGGAUCUCAGAAGAUGACUUCUACCAGCCUCCCCGGGAACAGCCCGUGGAGAGUCCUUCCGAUGCCUCUGUAGGUUCUCCCAGAGGGACUCCAGAGUCAAGGCCUGGUCUCCUCACGCAAGGACCAAGAAGAAGCUGUUCCUUGGAGGCCUUGGACAAAGCUUGCGUGCCUUCCCCAGGAAGCAGGAGAGGCGAGGCCACCCCGGCACCAGAGCAUAAUGACUUCAGGGUGGUGCAUCGCAGGCAGAUGGGCUGCUCCCGGCAGAUUGGCUUCUCAUUUGUACGACCCAAGCUCUGUGCCUUCUCUGGCCUCUAUUACUGUGACAUCUGCCAUCAAGACGAUGCCUCAGUGAUCCCAGCCAGGGUCAUCCACAACUGGGACCUCUCCAAGCGCCCGGUCUGCAGGCAGGCCCUGACGUUCCUGACGCAGAUCCGGGCCCAGCCCCUCAUCAACCUGCAGCUGGUGAACGCGUCCCUGUAUGAGCACGUAGAGCGGAUGCAUCUCAUCGGGAGGAGCCGGGAACAGCUGAAGCUCCUGGGAGAUGACCUGGGGCUGUGCCAAAGCGGAGCCCUGAAGGAGCUGAGCAAGAGAAAUUUCCAAGGAAACUCUAUGUCUUACAUUGAUGAAAAUGUGUGGAAGGCAUACCGUUGGACUGAGACACUAUAUGAAGCCACUGCUUGGCAGAGGUGAGAAGACAAUCCAUCUUAGCACCAGCUGUUGACCAUCCCCCCUAACAUGGAUUCUGACCAUCACUGCUGCUCCUUCUAACGUGAAUUUCAAAUGGAGGUCAGGGUCUUUGAAGCAUUGUCAGGGCUCCAAGUGUUCUUUGUGGGAAUUAAAGUCUUCUGUGUUUUUGUUUUACUGAUCUUUUAAAAAUGUGUGUGACUGACUCGAGGAUGGAAGAUGCCUUAGAGGACUGGGGUGGGGAGGGUGUGGGGGACUCGAAGGGGGGGAGUCAAGGAAGGGAGGGAAUACGGGGAUAUGUGUAAAAAAACAGAUGAUUGAACUUGGUGUACCCCCAAAAACAUAAUAAAAAAAAAAGAGAGAAAAAAAUGUGUGUGACUGUAUUCUGUAUAAUAGGAACCACCUUAGUAACUGAGAGUUGCAGAGUUUCCAGGUAGUAAUAUUUUAAUUUUCAUAACCUAUGAGUAAAGAAUUAAUUUAUGAGAUGGGAUUAAGCUAUGAGAUGGAAUUAAUAUAAAUACGUGACCAAGAGACACUGUGAGUGAAAAGCAGAACAUUUUAAUGCAGAACUCAAUGGAAAUAGUUUCACAAGGCAAUAGAGCAUGUGCUCAGAUUCCCAAGGCUCCUGAAGGAUGUACCACUGUUAAAUACUGUAUGCUAACUCAUAUGUAUGGAAUCUAAAAGAACGGUACUGAUGAACCCAGUGACAGGGCAAGAAUAAAGAUGCAGUUGUAGAGAACGGACUUGAGGACACGGGGUGGGGGGCGAAGGGGAUGCUGGGAUGAAGCGAGAGAAUAGUGUUGACAUAUAUACUCUACCAAAUGUAAAAGACACAGCUAGUGGGAAACUGCUGCAUAAAACAGGGAGAGCAACUUGAUGAU